AUGAAGUUCGUUUAUUUCUUGGACUUGUUGUUGGCGGCAGCGGUAUUCUACCACCUCUGGAACGCUCCAUACACAAAGGUUGAGGAGUCUUUUAAUAUCCAGGCGAUUCAUGAUAUCGUGAAUUACGGUGUUCAUCCAGACCAGCUCAAGAACUACGACCACCAGGUAUUCCCCGGCGUCGUGCCGAGAACUUUUGUUGGAAGCUUGUUAAUUGGAGGCAUUGUGAAGGCCAUUGACUAUGGCCAUACAUUGAUCAAAGGCGUGCCUUUGGUGGUGAAGGAAGGGGACAGCCAGCUCGUCGUGCAAUAUGUGGCUCGAGGUGUGCUUGGAUUGGCCAACGUCUUGGGCUUGUUGAAGUUGAGAAACAGCCUUAACAAGGUGGCAUUUAUUGAAAAGAAUGCUAAGACUAGAGGCGCUAUCGGCGUCUUCUACACCCUCUUCUUGAUUGUCCAGUUUCAUGUUCCAUACUACAGCACCAGAACUUUGCCCAACUUCAUUGCCUUGCCUUUCGUCACUUAUGCUUUCGGUAAGCUCAUCGAAGGAAAUAUGGCGGGAUUGACUUGGUUGGCGUUCACCGCUGUGAUCUUCCGUGUCGAAAUCGGUGUUCUUGCAGUCACCAUUUCGUUCAUUUCUUCUCUCGGUUUCGGCCAGUCAGAUAUCCAAAUCAACCUGUACUUCUUGGUGGUAGGAACUGUGGUCGGAGUUCUUGUUACAGUGCUUGUGGACUCCUACUUCUGGGGCGAAUGGGUCUGGCCUGAGCUCGAGAGUUUCAUGUACAAUGUGGUCAAUGGUAAUGCUUCCGAAUGGGGCGUCGAACCUUACGGUGCUUACUUCAAGAAGUACUUAUUGAACUUUUUCCGCCCUCCCCACAUCUUGUUAUUGGUAGUCUUGGGUCUUCUUGUCGAUCCAGCCAAUGAUGGAACUCCAACAAAGGUCACCGACGAUAACAAAUUAAUCGUCACACACCCAGCCAGAAACUCGCUCAGGAUUUUGACGAUUUCCGCCAUUCUUUACAUUGCUUUCAUGUCCAAGCAGCCUCACAAAGAAUGGAGGUUCAUCGUUUACACUGUCCCAAUCUUCACCUUGCAAGCUGCCAAUGGCCUCGCAAAUGUGACGAGAAAGUGGUCAACUCUGUUUGCCCAUAAGUUGUUAUUGUUUAUUAUGCUUGCAAGUACUGGUGUCUCAGUUGUCUACACUCUCAUGAUGAGCUACGCUUCGAGUUUCAAUUACCCUGGUGGUGAGGCUGUGACAUUCUUAAAUGACUACAUUGUUAAUUCCAAGGCAAACGAAAAUGUGUUGGUGCACAUGGAUGUGGCAUCUUGCAUGAGUGGAAUCACAAAAUUCACAGAAUUGCACACUCCAAACGUGGUGUUUGACAAAACUGAAGAACUCGAGGAAUUGUCCCGUUUGUGGAACAAUUUCACGCACAUGAUCACUGAGGUGGACAUGGACAAGCCAAGAAAGGAGGAGACUCUCAUCAAGUAUGACCGCACUCAUUGGAAGAAGUUGAAGACGGUUAAUUCAUUCACCAGGAUCAAUUUCUUCCCUUUCAUGUACACUGUUCAGCAUAUUCAACGGUUCCAAGCACUUCCCGCGGAAAUUUCUCCUGCUGGAACAGCAGGCCCAUGGGAAUACAAGGAUAAAGUGUUGAAGUUUCUCAGAACUACGAUCGAGACAAGGAGCUACUUGUAUGUUUAUGAAAGAACCCAGCAGGAUGCUAUUCCUGUUUAUCUUAAUUUGGAAAGCGAUGAACAAGCAAAGGCCACAGAGGAGCCCCCAAUUGACCAGCCUCCUCCAGUUGACGCUGAUGCUGUCAAGGAUGCAAUUAACGAAGAGAUCGAUAGCUUCGAGGAUGCUUAUGAGACUGCCCAAUAA